AUGGAACAACAAUUAGAUAUUCCUGUAGUUUCAUCUGUCAUUAGUAAAGAUCAAAUUGUAGAAGAAAAAGAAGAAGAAGAAAAUGAUAAUAAAUGCUCUGGAAUUUAUCAACCUCGUACAUUCCGAGCACAUAAUAUUAAUAGUGAACGACGAUGGAAGGUUUUACCAGCUUAUCCACAAGCUAAAAAUCAUCCUAUUGAUCAAACACUUUUACUUCUAUGUAACGUACCUCAUAUCAAUCGAGAUCAGUUAGAAGAAAAAUCAUUUUGUGGCGGGCACGGAAUUUCUCCAUUUAACUUUGUACAACAUCGCUAUAUGCAAACAAUUGAUUCAUUCAUGAUUGAUUUCUAUCGAGAUCUUUUCGAAGAGCCAAGUCAGCGAUGGAAAAUUCCUUAUUCUCUAAUUGAUUAUAAUCUUAGUCGACUUCGAACAUGUAUGCAUCUCUAUACACAGCAAACAAAUCAACCGGCGAUAUUAUCUUUGAAUGAAUGGUCACUAGCACUUGAAUUUUUCCUACAAAUUGAUGUUGAUGUCUUUUUCAUGAAGACAUGUAAUUUUCGUGGUGCACAUCCUCGACUAUUCUCGAAAGAGAAAAUACAAGAACCGGAAGGUCUUAUAUGCCAAGCUAAGCCUCAAGCUCGAUAUGGGAUGAUGCCUUGUUAUGAUAGAAAUUGUUCUCUAUGUCUACCACAAUCCAUAACAAAUGCUAAAUCACGAAAGCCAAUUGUUGCAUUUGCUACAAAACAAAAUCAUCGUUUCAUUAAUAAAUACGAGACUUUUCUUAACUGUGAUGUAAAUUGUAACUCAUCGAAUGUCAUCUAUGUAUUAACAUGUCAUUGUGAACAAUGUGACUUUAUUGGAUCUACAUCAAUAAGUUUCCAUGAUUGUAUAUUAAUGCCUGAUGAUUGUUCAAAUGAACUUCGACGCUUCAUUGAAGCAUUAUUUAUUACACAUACUGAAACAAAAUUAAAUACUCUUGGUCGUCUGACGCAUCGAGGUCCAUGGUCUUCACCAUUGGAUGAUUCAGAUCGUGGUCGAUGGUGUGACAAACUUGUUCGUCCAUCUCCUCCUCCUCAUCAUUAA